AUCUUAUUAGAACUAAAUAUUUUGAUAGAUCAAUAAUAAUAGAAAAAUUCUCUCUCUCUCAAAACAGAAGAAAACGCCUGUCCCUUUUGUAAUCCCCAAAGCUACCCUUCUCCUUCCCAAAUCCCCACGCCUAAUUAAUCCAUUCUAACACUUAGUAGCUAUGGUCAAGCUUCAUCUCCAUCUACGGCACCAAUCUCUCCUCUUUCUCAUCCUCCUCUCCCUCGCCUUCGCAAACGCCGCCAAUCUCCGGAUCUCAGAACACGACGGCGUGGCCGCCGUCGGAGAUCUCUGGUGCGUCGCGAAGAACAACGCGGAGGACGCCGCCCUUCAAGCGGCGCUGGACUGGGCCUGCGGGCCAGGUUCGGCCGAUUGCCAGCCGGUUCAGAAAGGCGGAAUCUGCUUUGAACCGGAGGAUUUGCAGUCCCACGCUUCAUAUGCUUUUAAUGAUUAUUUUCGCCGGCAUGGAUCUUCGCCGUCCGCUUGCGAUUUCUCAGGCGUCGCCGCCAUCACCGGAUUGAACCCUAGCCAUGGAGACUGCAAAUUCCCUGCCAGGUCAGCACAG